UGCGACGGCUACCGGGACGUGGCCAUCACCAACAUGACGACCUCCUUCAGGAACGGCAUGGCUUUCUGCGCGCUCCUGCACAAGUACCGGCCGGACCUGAUAGACUAUGACUCGCUCAGAAAGGAGGACGUGCUGGAGAACAACAGGCUGGUAAGAUGUCAAGUUGUUUCACUCCUCCUAAACAUCAGCAGCGCACACAUGAAUUUUGUGCUUGGCUUGACAUUCAUGCUGCAGAGUUGAAGUUUCCACCAGUUUUCAUCAAUAAUUCCUGUCUUUUUUUCAAAUCUCUAUGCACUUGGCCUUGUUUGUUUCCACGGUAACCCCCACGCCGCCCGGCCUGUGCUGACGGGGACUCCUCCAUUAUUUAGUCGUGCUGUUUUCCCAGCGUCCUCCGGGCGUCACGGACCCCCACAGGGCGCCUCGCUCUCCUCCCUGUAACGACUUCCUGCUUGUAUUAGGCUUUUCAGAUCGCAGAGGAGAAGUUGGGGAUUCCGGCUCUGUUGGACGCUGAGGACAUGGUGGCUUUAAGGGUCCCAGACAGGCUGAGCAUUCUCACCUACGUCUCCCAGUACUACAACUACUUUAAAGGACGGCCCCCCACCGGAGGUGUAAAGAGGCCAGCAGAGGGCUCCAAGGAGGAGCCGUCAGAGAAGAAGAACCUCCCGCUCGUUGCCAAAACCUACGUGUCCAAAACUGCCUCUGAGAGUCACGCCGCCUCCGCCGUCGCAGCUCGUGGCUCAACCAAGCCGAGCGCCGCUGCCGCUCAGGAGGCGCGUUCGUCGGCGCACGCCAACCGAAGCGGGACGCUGACCAGCAGGUGCGCGGCCUGCGGCGGCCACGUUCACCUGGUUCAGCGGCACUUGGUGGACGGCAAGCUCUACCACCGGAGCUGCUUCAAAUGCGUCGAGUGCUCCAGCGUCCUUCAUCCAGGAGGCUACAAGCCUGGGAAGACCCCCGGAACCUUUUCCUGCACCGCCCAUCAGAACCGGUGCAAACCCUUCUCUUCGGAGCUCGGCAUCGUAAACGGACCCGUCAGUUCGGCUGUCCGGGCCGUCGGUGCCAGCCGGGCCCAGCUUCCUCCCUCAGGUCCCUCCACCCGGCCGAGCCCUGACCCGGUGCCGCCCGGUCCCAGCCCGACCUCCGCGUCCUGGACGGCCUCGGCCCAGAAGACGCAGGCGGCCCGGCAGAGGUUCUUCCAGGCCGCGCCUCCGGCCGCCGGGACCCCAGGCGGCCACAGGAAGCCCGACCUGGUCCCUGACGAGAGGAACGGCGGGAAGAAGCUAGCGGAGGAAAACCGCAACAAUAACAACAAGCGCCGGUUCAGCGUCCGAGCGGCAGCGGACGCGUGGUCGGGUGAGAAGCCCAGUUCAGCGGGGUCGGGAGCAGAGGGCAUCAGGGCAGGGAGGCAGGAAAACCGCACGAGGCCGGCAGGCCCAUUGUGCCGCGAGUGGCAGUUUGCGCUCGGACCGGUGAAAGCCGAGCCACGGCUAACAGGCGCCGAAUCUGAGCUCCAGAGGGUUGAAGUCGUGUCUAACAUCUCCGACUCUUCAACAAGUGUGGCUACGGCGCCAACGGUACCACCUGUUAGCUGGACUCCGUCAGAUCCGGCACGAGGCAGAACAGUAUCUCCACCAGAACCUCCUUUCACAUCUGCAACCUUGGGUUUCAAACCUGGCAACCCUCCUCCUGUGAAGGCCCCACCCAGACCGCCAGCUGUUGAAACUGUUCCAACAGAGGCUCCAUCCAAUCACGGAGCUCCGUCAGGUGCUAAAAAGGGAAAGUAUUUGUCACCCACCAACACCUCCAAGACUGAAAUGAGGUCACCCUCUGUGGGGUCUUCUCACGUCCCGGCGGAGCAGAUUGAGAGGGAGCUGAGUGAGAUCGAGAGCAGCUUGGCUCGGCUGGAGAGGGACGGCGUGGAGCUGGAGAAGCAGCUCCGCAGCUGUGAGGAAGAGGGCGAGGGGGACGUCCUCAUGGACCCGCUGAUGGUCGACUGGUUCAGCCUCAUUCGAAAGAAGCAGAUGUACAUUAGAAAGGAAUCCGAGCUCGUCUACAUAGCCAGGACUCAGGAUCUGGAGCGGCAGCAGCCGGGGGUGGAGUGGGAACUUCGGCGGCUGCUGGAGAAGCCAGAUCAUUCAAAGUCCAGAGAGGAGCAGCAGCGGGAGGAGGCGCUGAUGCAGAGGCUGGUGGAGAUAGUGGACGGACGGAACGCCAUCGUGGACGGUCUGGAUUUGGACCGGCUCAGGGAAGUGGAGGAGGAUCAGCAGUUGAAUGAAAUGAUGAAGAACCUCCGUGUGAAGAAGGCGAAAAGUAAGAGGAAGUCGUCCAUCUCCAAACUGUUCAGACGAAGAAGUAAAAGACGCGUGGAGUGAUCCUCCAGGCUCUACUUGUAGCUAAUUUAAAGUUAUUUGUGUUUUUAUUGCUUUUUAAACAUUGUGGUUUUAUAUCAUAUGCUACAGAGAAAACCAAAGAUCUAAUGCUUUCACAACUGUUUGAGUACAUUUCGCUUCAUGUGUAGUUGUUUAGUAGACAGACAGAUUCACCAUCACUUAAUUCUGGGUCACUUGAGGGUCACAUUACUGUUUAUGAACACGUUUGUCACAAGGUGUCACGUUUUUUUUUUUCUUUAGUGUUCAGUUAUUUAACGUUCAAACAACGGUUAGUCACAGCUGCAGUCUCACAAAAUGCCCCGAUCUAUGGUUACGCCUCUUAUGCAAUUAUUGUGUAUUUAUUUAAUUAUUGAUUCGAAAUUAUUAUUUUUAACUAAUUAAAAAGCACUUGGUCAAAAUAUUAGCUGUUAAAACCAUCAACUAUGGUGGCGUGUGGAGUACAUGGAGAACACUGGCUGUUCGCAUGCAAAUAGGAGUGAGAAUAAAUGUGUAAUCCUUCAACUGUCUGAAACCAAAAUGAAAUUAUUUCAGCAUUUAUUUAAUAAUGGAUUUUAACAAAUUUCCUGUAAGGAUAUUAGCUGGAGGAAAAGCCUUGACAAUUAGGUUUGAAUGGCUGCGGAGAGCCACACAUGGAGGCGGGACCGGCUGCGCGUCUCCGGCCGUGCUGUAGGUGGCAGCCUGGCUUUGCUCAACGGCCGCGGCGGCGCCUCCGAAAUCCAAUUCGCCACAGUCACCGACAGUUAAUUUCUUUGCUAAUUUUAUAAAUGCUGCAGCAAAUGUGGCGCUGUGCUGAUGCAAUAAUGUUACGUGGAAGCGGAUUAGAGGGAGCGGUAGCUUAUGGCCAGGGACGGCUUUUAAACUAUAGGUUGUAUGGAGCGGUUUAUCUUCAGACCUGUCUUAAUUAAACAUUACUCUACUAAUAUGUGCAUCAAGCGCGCUGCACCUGAGCCGCCGAAGCGCUCAAACAACACGUGGCGCCACUCGAGCGGCGCAAGUAGCGUUUGCGGUGUUUAUGGAAACCUGCUGUAAUGUUGCAUCUUAUAAGUGUCACUGAAUUGUGUUGCUCUAUUUAUAGUACUUUUAAACUUGAAGUCUGUCGUCCAAUAAAUCCUUUUACAGAUUA